UCCGAACCUCCCGCAAAAAAACCCAUUCGUUUGCCUUCGGAAAAGAUCGUCGAUCAGGGCGGAGGCACAGUAAGAUCGAUGACUUUGUGAUGGACUCCAGAACUUAAGGAGGACCUCGCCUGAAGACGCAGGUCAAACUUCCUUUUUCUGUCCCUCUCUUUAAGUUUACAUUCUAGAAGCAUGUGUGCGUCGAGUGCGCGGAGACAAAAGAGCGAAGUUCCGUAAAAAAAAAAAAAAAAAAAAAAAAGAGGAGAACCGGUCUUUUAAGGAUGACUUUAGGGACGGACAUGUCCGACAGCUCUGCAUUGUCCGAGGAUGUGGACAUCGACGUGGUCGGCGGGGACGUGUCCGUGGGGAAGGACGGGAAGUACACCCAGUUCGACUCCGAUGAGAGUUACUCGCGGAGCGCCGUGGACGGAGCGUCGUCGCCGGGGCUCGGCGGCACCGAGUGCCCGGCGGAGCACAUGGAUCUCACCGGGGAGAAAGCGAGGAAGGGCGCGCUGGUGAAGCCUCCGUACUCCUACAUCGCCCUCAUCACCAUGGCCGUCCUGCAGAGCCCCAAGAAGCGGCUCACGCUCAGCGAGAUAUGCGAGUUCAUCAGCAACAGGUUCCCGUAUUACCGGGAGAAGUUCCCGGCCUGGCAGAACUCCAUCCGGCACAAUUUGUCCCUUAACGACUGCUUCGUGAAAAUCCCGCGGGAGCCCGGGAACCCCGGGAAGGGCAACUAUUGGACCCUCGACCCGGAUUCCGCAGACAUGUUCGACAACGGGAGCUUCCUGCGCCGGAGGAAGCGCUUCAAGAGGAACCAGAGCAGUGAGAUCCUCCGGGACGCUGGAGGCUUCCUCCCCGGGUUUGGAUACAACCCGUACGGGUACAGCUACGGACUCCAGCUGCAGAACUUCCAUGCCGCUGUCCACAACCCGUACCACCCCCACCACACCGCUAACUCCUUCCCGUUCCCGUGCACCUUGCCCUCGCCCAUCUUCCCCGCGGCGCCCGCUCCUCCGUUGCCGGACUUGAGGAAGCCCUUUUACCCGCCCGUGCCGCCUCUUAAGGCGGACUCCAGCGCGCCGAGCCGGCCCUCGUUCUCCAUCGAUAACAUCAUCGGAGCCAGCAACUCCACCGGCUCGUCCUACAGCGCGCAGCCGGGCGGCCCUGCGCACAUCCUGGCUAUGAUCGGCCCGGCGCUGCAGGCCUCCGCUUCCAACCACCUGAGCCUGACACAGGACUUACUCCCCGGGCCUCAUCCGCAGACUUUCCCCAACAAAAAUCUCAACACUUGUACCUUUUGAAAAAAAAAAAAAAAAAAAAAAAAAAAAUUAUGACAAUAAGGUGUCUAUGUGAAGGUAGGCUGCAUUAUUGGGUAAAAAAAAAAAUAAAAAAAUGGAUUGGACAUAUUUUUUUGGACAAUAUGGUGUCUAUGUGAAGGUAGGCUGCAUUAUUGGUUAAAAAAAUAAAUAAAAAAUUGGAUUGAACAUAUUUUUAUGACAAUAUGGUAUUGGUAAAAAAUAAUAAAAUAAGAUCGGACUGAACAUAAUUGUUAUGACAAUAUGGUGUCUAUGUGAAGGUAGGCUGCAUUAUUGCUUAAACAAAUAAUACAUUGGAUUGAACAUAUGUUUAUGACAAUAUGGUAUUGGUAAAAAAAAAUAAAAAUAAAAUCGGACUGAACAUAAUAGUUAUGACAAUAUGGUGUCUAGGUGAAGGUAGGCUGCAUUAUUGUUAAAAAAAAAUAAAAAAAUGGAUUGAACAUAUUUUUUGACAAUAUGGUGUCUAGGUGAAGGUAGGCUGCAUUAUUGGUUAAAAAAAAUUCAAUUGAACAUAUUUUUAUGACAAUAUGGUAUUGGUAAAAAAUAAUAAAACGAAAUUGUACUGAACAUAAUUGUUAUGACAAUAUGGUGUCUAUGUGAAGGUAGGCUGCAUUAUUGGUGAAAAAAAUUAAAUAAAAAUAAAAAUCGGAAUGAACAUAUUUUUUAUGACAAUAUGGUGUCUAUGUGAAGGUAGGCUGCACUAUUGGUCAAAAAAAAUAAAUAAAAUAAAAUUGGAUUGAACAUAUGACAAUAUGGUAUUGGUAAAAAAAAUAUUAAAAUAAAAUCGGACUGAACAUAAUUGUUAUGACAAUAUGGUGUCUAUGUGAAGGUAGGCUGCAUUAUUGUAAAAAAAAUCGGAUUGAACAUAUUUUUAUGACAAUAUGGUGUCUAUGUACAGGCACCAUAAGAACAAUGGUUAAUAUGGUGCAUUAUUGUUAAAAAAAAUAAUAAUAAUAAAAAAAAAGUCUAGUGUUUUGCCCUCUCUCAGAGAGUUUAUUUAUGCUUUGUAAAUAAGUGCAUUGGGAGCAAUAUUAUAUGUAUAAAAAAAAAAUAAAAAAAAAGAUCACAUCCUGUUUUAACCUAAGUUAAAUGAACGAGGACAUGUUGUGUUUUACUUUACGGAAAACUCAGGGGUUUUCACUUAGAAACAAGUUUGUUUUGGAAAAUAUUUAACUUCUCCACAUCCUGUGCAUUAUUGUGACAGAAAAAAGAAAACAGGCGCAUAUACCUCCAUUCAGAACGUGCAGUUUUACAUGUCAUGUGUACUUAAUUGUUCAUUAUAGGUAAUUUUUGGUUGUCAUGACAAUGAUAAUAAAUGUUUGUGGAUUUGAAAAAAAAAAUCUUUUCAUUAAUCGGACAAAAAAAAGCACAAACAAGUGGUUUAAAUUGGACAUAUAGUGCUUUUUCUUGCCACACUACACUGAACAGAACUUUUUUUUUUGGAAUUGAAAGUGAACAAUAUGACUAAGCUCCUUAUUUUUGGGGGGAGGAAUAAAAGGGGGCUUUCGUUGCUAAUUUGUAGCAGCAUUUUCA